CAUCUUGAUUUAUUUACUAAUUAUUCUAAGAAUAAUCUUCACUUUAGGCUAAUUAAUUAUACCUAAAAAAAUUGAAAACGAUUUUAUAAAUAAUGUAAAAUCGACAAAAUUGCUCAUAAGAUGGCUGAUAGUUAUCACGUGAGACUAUUAAGUGAAUAACAUUUGUAAUUAUUGCAAAUGUGGGUUAAAAUUAUUAUAUAGCCCUAAGUUAAGAAUAAUAUUUAAAUAUAAUAGUACUGAUUAUGUUAGCGAGUAUAGUGCACUAUUUUCAAUUAUUAAAUUUUGGUCACAUCAAUUCCAUGCAUAUCUUAUGGUUUUGUUUUUUAUGUGGAAAGAGUGUGGCCGACCUAACCAAAAUUUCAACCCUAGUUACUAUCACCCAUAACUAUAAGAGAAAAAAAGGUAACUUUGUACAUAAAUUAAUGUUUGAAUCAAGACUAGAAAAUACUAGUCCACAAACUGAAACGAAUUCAAAUAUCCUUCAUAAAAAUAAAUUCCACUAUUUCGCGGUGAUGUUUUAAAAACCCCUCGCGAACAUUAAGGAAUGUGUGUAUUCAGUGUUUUUUUUCUCAGACUCUUAUAACAAAAACAGAAAAAUUACUAUAUUACCAUGCCACUUAUUUGAUUUAACUCUUUUAACUUUUUCCUGAUUAGAAUAUUGUUAUAAGACACAAGAGCAAUGUGUUACUUUGAAGUCUUAGGGAACUUGUGCUUCAUAGACCAAUUCAAAGUGUUAAUCAUACAUUCACACUAGAAGUUAAAAAGGCGUAUAUUAUAAUUAGGUAGGGUAUUUUCUUCAUGUAGUUUCUAGGUAAAAAACAAUCACCAAGUCAAUUACCUUGACGGAUGGAGUCAAUGACUUGAUUAACCAAUGAUGCCUUUAUUUAACAAAACUUGAUUAAACUUGAACCACUUUUAGUCAAACAAUCAAUCAAUCAAGAGAGAGAGAGAGAAUGGUAGUUGUUAGCAAAGAUGUGUUGUUCUUGUUAUUGUGCAUUCUCCUUCUACCUCAAUCUCACUCCAAAUGCAAAGAAUCCUUCUCUUGUAGAAAUUUCACCCUAAAGUUUCCGUUCACCGAUAUCCGUGAUCCCGGGUGCGGAUUGUUCGCCGUUGGAGGCUGCGAUUCAACCUCUCAAGAAGAACAUCCAUGGUUGCAGAUAGGAGCUUCAACCUCAGCCAAAUACAUCCUAAACCAGCCUUCAAAAAACAAAUUCACAAUCCUUGACUUCUUGCUUCGGACAUUAUUGGAAUCACCAAGAUGCUUCUCUUACAUGAAUGUGUCUCUACCUCAAUCUCCCUCGGUUUCGUUCACAUUCUCCCCUAACAUCACGUUUUUUGCGUGCUUUAAUAAGAGUAGCAACGACGAAAUACAAGAGUAUUUCAAAAGCUAUAGGAGGGAAGAGUCUGAUGCCUCCACUCUGUACUAUAAAAUUCCAGCAACUGAGAGUCAUAACGGGGCGAUUCCUCAUGAAUGUUCCUUGACUCAGUUGCCUGUGAAGUCUGAAGUGAACUCGACUAAACUGUCGGACAUGCUGACGUCUAGUUUCAGUUUGGAGUGGAGUGUGUCGGAAGAUUGUGAUCGAUGCUACCGCGGAGGGAGGCAGUGCCUUUCAGACAACCGGAACCAGUUCUACUGCGAAAAAACAGAAAAUAAGUUGAGGAAGAAGAUAUUAUUAGCUACAUUGAUACCUGGAUCUGCUCUGUUGCUUGCCUGCGCCUUAUAUAUUUGGCUGCGAAAGAAAAAGAAGGUUGGAUCCUACCUUCUUUCAAGGAACUUAUCUUAUGAUCCCUCCUCGAAAGCGGAUAUCGAAGACGGCAGCUUCAACUUCGGCAUUCCCAUCUUCUCGUACAACGAGCUCGUCGAGGCCACUGGCAACUUCGACCCUUCAAAAGAGCUCGGCGACGGAGGCUUCGGCACCGUUUAUUACGGCAAGCUCCGCGACGGCCGGGAAGUCGCGAUCAAGCGACUUUACGAGCACAACUACCGACGAGUAGAGCAGUUCUUGAACGAGAUCAAGAUCCUCACGAGCCUCCGCCACCCGAACCUCGUUUCGCUCUAUGGAUGCACUUCGCGUCGCAGCCGGGAGCUCCUCCUCGUGUACGAGUACAUCCCCAACGGCACUGUGGCGGACCACCUCCACGGGCAGCGCGCCACCUCGGCGCCCCUCACGUGGCCGAUGCGGAUGACCAUCGCCCGGGAGACGGCCACCGCGCUCGCCUACCUACACAAGUCGGACAUCAUCCACCGCGACGUCAAGACCAACAACAUCCUGCUCGACGCGAACUUCUCCGUGAAGGUCGCGGACUUCGGUCUCUCGCGCCUCUUCCCGAACGACGUGACACACAUCUCCACGGCGCCCCAGGGCACCCCGGGGUACGUGGACCCGGAGUACCACCAGUGCUACCAGCUCACGGACAAGAGCGACGUGUACAGCUUCGGAGUCGUGCUGAUCGAGCUGAUCUCGUCCAUGCCGGCCGUCGACAUAAGCCGGCAUAAGCACGAGAUCAACCUGGCCAACCUGGCCGUGAGCAAGAUCCAGAAAUGCGCGUUCGACGAGCUGAUCGACCCGGCGACCGGCUACAACUCCGACGCGGAGGUGACGAGGAUGACGACGACGGUGGCGGAGCUGGCGUUCCGGUGCCUGCAGCUGGAUAAGGACAUGAGGCCGACGAUGGAGGAGGUGGUGGCGUUCCUCCACGACAUAGAGAGCGGAGGGGACGGCGAUUUCGAGGGGAUGAAGGGGAAUUCGGGCGGGAAGAUACCGCCGUCGCCCGAGACGGAUGAGGUGGGGCUGCUGAAGAGUAGGAUUUAUCGAUCGUCGCCGACGGCGGUGACGGACACGUGGAUUAGUAGCGCCUCGACGACGGCGAGUUCGGUCGGGUGAUUCUUGAUGUUGUUAGUGUGGGCUUACAACAUCAAGAAUCACACUUGUGUUAGGGGAUGAGAUGGUGUACAUGUGUGAGUAAGUGAGAAUGGUUUAUAUGUUCCUUAAUUAGUCUAUGUGUAUUUUUCUUGUCAAUUUUUGAGCAAUUGGUAGCGAGAAUGUGCAUAUAAUGAAAGAGAGCUAGCUAGUAGUAUUGCAUU